AUGCCCCUGGGGGUCGUCUCGCAUGGCCAGGGGCUGGGGUCGGCAGGGCGCGGGUCUCUCUCCCCUCCAGGCUCGCAGGCGCUGGCCCAGAUCACGGUCCCGCUGCGGCUGCCGGCAAACGCGACGGGGGAGGCGGCACUUCGGCAGGCACGUUGCUCCAGGGGUCCCGGGACGGGGUUGCGGCGGAGAUCGUGGUCUCCAGCUAACGCAGUGUCCUACGUCCUCAGGAUAGAGGGGAGGCCGUACACCGUUCACCUGCGGCAGCAUGUCUUUUUAUCUGAAGAUUUCAGGAUUUACAUGUCUGAUGAGAAAGGAUCUUUGCGCUCUGAUUCAACCCCUAUCAAGGGAGGCUGCCACUACCGGGGGUACAUCGAGGGCUUCCCCAGCUCGGCAGUGACCCUCAGCACCUGCUCGGGGCUCCGGGGCUUGCUGCAGUUUGAGAAUGUGAGCUAUGGGAUUGAGCCCCUGGGUUAUUCUCCUGCGUUCGAGCACUUUGUGUAUCGCAUGAGUGAUGAGAGGACGGCAGGUUCCCUCUUGGCCAACAGCCACCCCGAGAGGGGUCCAGGCAGGCUGACAGCAGAGGAGAUGUCAACCAAAGCACGUGGAGGUGACGAACCACUAUCAGCUGCAGCACGAUCUCCCAAAUACUUGAAAGUGUACGUAGUUUUGGACAAGGCUUUGUACAACUAUAUGGGUUCAGAUACAAAUGCUGCAACACAGAAGAUAAUCCAAGUCUUCAAUUUAGUCAACAAUAUGUUUAAUCCUCUUAAUGUUACCAUUGUGCUGUCCUCCCUGGAGCUGUGGACAGAGGAGAAUAAAAUAUCGACAGCAGGGGAAGCAGAUGACCUUCUACAGAGAUUUUUACAGUGGAAACAGUCAUAUCUCGCUCUGGGAUCAUAUGACAUAGCUUAUCUAUUACUGUACAGGGACCAAGCAGCGUUUGUGGGCGCAACGGCUCUGGGAAAGGCAUGUCAGAGAGACGCUGCUGGCGCAGUGGCCAUGUACCAAGGGGCCGUGACGCUGGAGUCCUUCUCCGUCCUCCUGGCGCAGCUGCUGGGACGCAGCCUGGGCAUAAGCUACGACGACUCCCGAGACUGCCGCUGCCCCGGGCGCAUCUGCCUCAUGAGCCCGGAGGCACUACAUGUCAGCGGGGCAAAAGCCUUUAGCAGCUGCAGCAUCCGGGACUUUGAAACCUUCCUGAAGCACAAUGGGGGCACGUGCCUUUUCAAUAGGCCGCGCUUGACCAGACUGUCCUACCGGAGAGCAGCUGUCUGCGGCAACGGCAUCGUGGAGCACGGCGAGCAGUGCGACUGUGGGGCAGCAGAGGCAUGUUUGAAGGAUAAAUGCUGUACUAAAAUGUGUCAGUUUAAGCCAGGAGUGAAAUGUUCCUCUGGAUUAUGUUGUAAUGAAUGUCAGUUCAAGCAGAAAAACUCGCAGUGCCGCCCCGCCGCCGACGCGCAGUGUGACCUGGCCGAAUUCUGCAACGGGUCCUCCGCAUCCUGCCCCCCCGACCUGUACGUGCAGGACGGGCACGGCUGUGAGCACGGCACCGGCUACUGCUACAAGGGACGCUGCCAGUCUCCGGACCUGCAGUGCCGGCGGCUCUACGGGAGAGGUUCAAAAAAUGCUCCUGUGGCUUGUUACGAGGAGCUCAAUAGUCAGCGGGACAGAUUUGGACACUGUGGGUUCCAGCCCAGACAAGGCUAUAAGUCCUGUGCUUGGAGGAAUCUCAGAUGUGGAAAGUUAAUCUGCACGUACCCAUACAGCACUCCAUUUCCAUCAGAAGCUGCUGCUGUUCUUUAUGUCCAAGUGCGCGAGCAUUUAUGUAUAUCUUUGGAUUAUUUGAAUGCACCAGCAAGGCUGGAUCCUCUUCUGGUUCCGCCAGGUACAAAGUGUGGUUCUGGAAAGGUGUGUAUAAACAACACUUGUCACCCACAUUCGGUCCUGGGAUAUGACUGUGACAGCAAAGUGAAGUGCCACGGCCACGGCGUGUGCAAUAAUAAGAGACAUUGCCACUGCCACCCUGGCUGGAAGCCCCCCGACUGCCUACGGAAGGGAUCCGGCCCGGGGGGAAGCGUCGACAGCGGCCUCCAGCUGACGGAUGGCGGUCAGUACCCGCAGCGGAGGUGGGGACGGGUGCUGGGCCGGGGUCCCUGGCGCCGGCAGGGAGGGUGGUGGUCCCAUGGCCCCUGCCCGCUGGGCUGUCUCCUGCCAGGCCUCUCCCUGCAGCGGGCGCUGGAGGACGUGACGCUGGCCUGGCCGGUGCUGGGCUCCUGCCUCCUCCUGCUCCUCCUGACCGGGGCCAUCUGCCUCGUCCUCCGGCGGCGGGCGCAGCCCCCAAACACGGAGGGCCCCGCGGCCGAGGAGGGCAGCGACGGCCGGGACACGGACGCGGACACGGAGCCGGGGCCGGAGCCGGGUGGCGGGCUCUAAUAAAGGCGUUGAGCGGAGCCGCGUGUCCGCGCCGGUGUGCGGGGGGCGGCGGGGCCGUUACCGGCCGGCGGGAUGGGGCCGCGCCUGGCG